AUGCUUAAAAGGGCCUUUCCAAGAUUGUUUACUAUAUCGCUACAAAAGAAUUUCUUCAUUAGUCAAAUGAGGGAUUGGCACGAGGGAUCAUGGGUUUGGUAUCUCAUAUGGAGCAGAACCCUAUACGAAAGGGAACAUAGCGACGUAUCAAGACUCAAACAAUGCAUUGAACAGAUAAAGCCGAACAGGGAUAUGGAAGACGCUGUGAUUUGGAAAUCCUCGGGAUCUCUAUACUAUCCUGCAAAGAGCAUAGGUGUGAAAAUAAUUGAAUCUCAUGCUCCCACUCUACCCAAACAUAUAAUUAACCUUGUAUGGCAGAAAUUAAUCACUCCAAGAGCACAAAUGUCUGUAUGGUUAGCAAGUCUGGAAAAACUUAAAACUGGUGAUUUUCAUGUGGAAAAGGGGAUCAUUGACUCUCAGAUGGCCUCAUGCCCCUUCUGUAACCUGGAAACAGAAUCAAACUCCCACAUCCUAUUUACAUGCAGAUUCUCCUGGAGCGUGAUGAAAAUGUUGGAAUGGUGGAGCUUAUCUAGUGUCCUUCACAACCGAUGUACAAACUUCAGCAUUGAGUGGUUUGGCUUGUUAAAGAGCCGAAAAGGUCGAAAUCUUUGGGGUCUUAUCUUUGGCUGCGUCAUAUGGUCCCUGUGGUAUGAAAGGAACAAAAUAGGAUUCUGA